ACUUUACAAAUUAUAUAUUACCCAGUAAACACAGUUUCUAACAGUAAUAUAACUUAGAAGUUAAAAGUAAUAUUACAUCUGUUACAUUCUAUACAACAUAACAGUAAUAUAACAUGUUAUUUAUAAAUAAUAUUGAGACGGUUACAUUUAUAUUACAUAUUGGUUAUAUAAAACUUUAUAUUCAGGUCAUAUAAGAUAAAAAGUUUUAUAAUAUUACGACAAUGUAAUUUACAACAUAUUGGUAAUAUUACAAAUGUUACUUGCAAACUCGUUGACGUUAUAUAAAUUUUUACCCAGUAUGUAUAACAACAUUAACCUAACCCUAUCUGAAUCUGUUCAAUUCUUGAAACUGUUCCUGAAACUCCAAAAUUCUACUAAUCUAAACCUUUCGUCUCCUAUAGCGUAAAACCUGCUUAUUAGACUUUUGGUGAAAGGGCCACUGAGAAAAGGCUUGCAACCACGGAAAGAGAGAGAGAGAGAGGUGUGACAGUUUUUAUAACCUAGCGUGUUGUGAACUGUAAACUAAUAUCGCGUUUUGGGGAGCAGAACGACGAGUUAGCGUAAUAAACAAAAGUUGUUUCUUUGCAAAAAAACACGUCGAUUUGGCCUAUUUUUAUCGAAAUCGGAGGUUAGGUGGUAGCACAUUAAACAUGCCAAGAGAGCUGCAAUAUUUAUCUAAAAGACGAAAAAAUCAGCUAAUACGUCAGAGAAUUGAAUCCCACGGAAAUCUGGAUAUGUUUGGUAGUGGUCCUUCUUCAGAUUGUACAUUACAUGCAGUCUAUAAGGAUACUUCAAACACUACAACUCAUUCAACAUCAGUUAAUGUUAUUAAUGACGACUUAACCAUUGGUGAUAACACUCAACUUUUCCGCUCUUCGAGUUUGGAAUCUUCAUCUUCCACUUUAUGUACUUCACCUAUACUUUGGAAUUAUGGAGAAGAUGUGGUGCAGAAUGACAUGGAGCAACAUACUAUCAAUUCAGGUUCUAAUUUCUCCGUAGAGAUUUAUGAUGUAAAAAACAUAGAUAAUACUUUUGAUUUCAAUGAAAGAAGUAAAAAUAAAAAUAGUUUAGAAAAUAGGUUACGAUCUUGGGUUAAUGCAGAGAGGAUUGCGCACGGUUCUGUGACGAAACUAUUAAAAAUGUUGCGUGAUUGUGGAUAUGAAUCAUUGCCUAAGGACGUCCGGACUUUAAUGCAUACACCCCGAAGUGGUAUAAGUGAAAUUAUGAAAACAUUUAAUAACGGAGUCUAUGUUCAUUUUGGACUUGUUAACAAUCUUCAGCGAUCAAUUGGAAAGCAUUUGGAAGAAGUUCCAAAAUCUGUUAAAUUAUUAAUUAAUUGUGAUGGAAUGUCUUUGUCAAAAAGCUCGGGAAGUCAAUUUUGGCCUAUUUUGGUAUCAAUUCAAGCAGAUGUUUAUACUGAACCUUUCGCUGUAGGAAUUUAUCAUGGCUAUUCGAAACCGGAAAAUGCAAAUGAAUUUGUACGACCUUUUAUUAAUGAAAUUAUAAAAAUUGAACAGAAUGGUUUUUUUUAUGGUGGAAAAAAAUGUGUACUUGAAAUUGCAGGCAUUGUUUGUGAUGCUCCGGCAAUGUCAUUUUUGAUGUGUACAAAAAGCCAUUCUGGUUAUUUUUGCUGUCAUAAAUGUACUCAGGAAGGAGAAUAUAUUAAAUCAGUAGUUUUCCCAGAAAUAAAUUUUACUAUGAGAACUGACAAAUCUUUCCGUAAUAAGGAACAAGAUGAACACCAUACAGGUGAUACAAUUUUACAAAAACUAAAUAUUGAUAUGGUUUCUCAAGUUGCAAUUGACUACAUGCACUUAGUGUGUUUAGGAGUUAUGAAACGUCUUCUCCUUUUCUGGAUUAGAGGACCGAAGAAUUGUCGUUUGAGCAAAAAUAAUCAAAAAUAUCUAUCUGAUACAAUUGUAGCGACGAAAUGUUCAAUUCCAUCUGAAUUUUCAAGAUUACCUCGCAGUUUAGCAGAAGUCGAUAAGUGGAAAGCCACGGAAUUUCGAUUAUUUUUGCUUUAUAUAGGUCCAGUGAUUUUGAAGCCAUUAAUGUCCUCUGUAUAUUAUACUCAUUUCCUUACAUUGAGUAUCGCAAUAAGGUUAUUAUGUGAUCCAAAUGUAUGUAUGACAUUGAAUGAAUAUUCUGAUCAGUUAUUAAAAUAUUUUGUUAAUAAAUAUAAAACUUUGUACGGACGACAAUACAUGUCAUAUAAUAUCCACAAUUUAUUACACUUGGCCAAUGAUGUUAAAACUUUUGGCCCAUUGGAUAAAUUUAGUUGCUUUAAAUUUGAAAAUUAUUUGAGAAAAGUACGAGACAAAAUGCAACAUUCUCCAAAGCCAUUGCAACAAAUAUAUAAUAGAUUACAUGAAGAAAAUGAAAUACCUGUUUUAAAAGAACCAAAUUCGUAUCCAAUUAUACAUUAUGCAAAGUCAGGAUCGCAUAUUAACUCUGUUGAAUUGAAAGAAUUUACAAUUACCGAUAAACAUCCGAAUAAUUGCUGUUUACUAAAAAAUGAAGCAAUAUUAUUUGUAAGAAAAAUUAUUUAUGACAAUGAACUGUAUAUUAUUGGUGAUGAAUUUCGCACAGUUAAAUCGUUAUUUGACAAACCGUGUAACUCCUUAAAACUUAAUAUUAGUGAACUUGAUAUUUCUCCAAGUGAUGAAAAUGUUAGAAUUCCACUCUCCAACGUUAAAACUAAAUGUAUAAAAUGUAUUUAUUCUCGACGAGAAUCUCCAGUAAUUAUCCCAUUGCUCCAUCAUCUAAAUUAAUAUUAUAUAUAGCAAGCAAAUAAUAUAAUUACACAAACAGUUUAUUAUUUCAUAUUAAUAACAUUUUGUAAUAAAAAUAAUGAACAACGUAUAUACGACAUAUAUUUUAUAAUCCCAAUCAGGAAAAGAUUUAAAAACAUAUUAAAAAAAUCUUUUAAAAAUCAUUGUUAAAACGUAAAAAAUAAUGAUAUAAGUUAACUUUUUUCCCUUUAAAAACGUUGUUAUAGUUUAUUAUUUCAUGUUAAUAGGCUCGAAGGUGCAACGCUGAUGUACACUAGUGCACAUUAAAACCGUUUCGUAAAAAGGUGCAUUUCAGGCUACGUUCCGAAAUUCACUGCCAGUACUGAAAUAGUACAAUAUACGUGACAUAAACUAUACAUUUUCAGGACUGGCUGUGAAUAUCGGAACACAGCCUCAGUAAAGCACAUUGUUUUAUCUUUGUCGCCAAAUUGCAAGUUAUACAGAAAAAUUAUUCUCCUGUUGCUGUUACCAGUCCAACCCAAGAAUGGCUUAUGUAGUUGUUUGUUUUGCCGACAACUCCGUGUCAGAAGUGCCGACAAAUUGGUUAUAUGAAUAUGAAGGGGAUACUAUGUGCUGGUGGCCGCCACCUUCUAUAAAAAAUACAUCAAUGUUGAUCUCAAAAUGUGUGGAUCCUGACAAGAAAUCAUGGAACUUAAUGUCAGUGACAGUGCAAAAAUACUUUGUCUCAUUAGAGAAAGCGAGAGACGCUGCAGCUAAUGAUAAUUAUAUAUCAACGGAUGAUCAAUGCUUGGGUAAAGGUCAUCGUAAAAAGAUAUCCAAUACCUUGAUUCAUUCAGAUGCAGAUGAAGAAAGAAACCAUGAUAAAAAGAGUUAUAGGACCUCUAAGAAUAACCCAAAAGUUUACAAU